CCUUUCACUAUCAACUACCACACCUUUUGCCCUUCUUCUUCUUCUUUCAAAGUGUCAGUUCAGCAACCUCUUCUAUCAGCCUGAGAAAAAAUGACUGCUACGCGUCUCGUCAAUGGUCUCGCGUCACCACCCGCGACUGAAAAGGAAUCCUCGGCUGCGUCCCCUCCGCGAGUCGUACUCGCCGGUAAGACGGGUCGAAUCUUAUGUGUCGCCGACAUCCGGGGAGAUCACCACGAGCUCAACCGUUUGAUCAGAGAACACGAAGCUACUGCCGUCAUCCACACUGGUGACUUUGGUUUCAUCAACUCUGAAUCUCUCGAUCGUAUGAAUGACAAUGUGCUCCGUCACCUCAUACAAUACUCUCCUUUGCUUCCUCCUGCUACUCGUCAGCAAUUGUUAGCCAUCCCGCCUUCCGCUCCUCGAGCGGACCUUAUCAAGGCGUUGAAUGAUUCAUCCACUCAUUUUCCCCUCUCUCAAUUUCCUCAUCUUCUCUCAGGUGCUAUCACCUUUCCCGUCCCUGUCUUCACUGUCUACGGACUGAUUGAGGAUGUGCGCGUCAUGGAGAAAUUUAGGACGGGUGAAUAUGAGGUCCACAACUUGACCAUACUUGAUGAGUGCUCUACAAGAGUCAUAGAUGUCAGUGGUAUCAAACUACGUCUCUUUGGUUUGGGAGGAGCUGUCGCUUUUCACAAGCUAUAUGGUCGUGCUACCAUCGCUGGUGGAGAAGGUACAAUGUGGGCCACAGCUUUACAGAUCGGAGAGCUCAUCGAUACUGCCCAACGAAAUUUCGAUUCCACCGAAACUCGACUACUCAUCUGUUCUGCUCCCGUCAGUCGGCAUGGUAUCUUGGCUCAAUUGGCAUCUGUCAUUAAAGCCGAUUUGACUAUUUCUGGUGGUCUACAUUUCCGCUACCCGGCGUCUUUCAAUGACUAUUCUAUUCAUGGCGACUUUGAUCUUUACCAAAACAAAUUCAUCUCUGCCCGAGACACAUUCAGCUCUGUGUACAGUACAGUGAAGGAUCGCAUAGAGAGCAGCUUGACUCCUGAGCAGAUAAUAUUGUUGAAGAAGACUUUGGCGGCAACUGAAUACGUACCCAAGGCUCCUCAACAUGAGGCGGAUGAUCAGCAUUGGACAAACCAAUGGCAUUGGGUGCUUUCAGAUGCGUCAACUGGCCACCUUCUAUUGUCGAUCACAGAUGCUCGGAUAUCGAUGGAGAGUAAAAGUCAAGGAAUCAACUUCGCACAUCGGUCAGCAAAUGCUCCUGCCCCACCAUCGGCGCCUCUGCCUACCCAGCCCCAGAUACCAGUUCAACAGCCUCAGCGUUCCACUGCAGAGCCUCAUUCAUUCCCCAAACCAGGAGCUAUGCCUCCGGUGCGCUCAGAACCUGUGCAUGGUUUCGAGAAACCCCCUAUCAACCGCACUCAACCGUCUAUGAACACUUUCAGACAACCCAUUCCUCCUAGACCUUUGCAGAUGCCCAACAGACCACCAACGAAUCCCAAUGGACCCGUCGCACCACCGGCCGCGACGUCAGGAGUCCCAGCGCAGAUCAACACCAAUGGUCCCCAUCCGGUCCCCAGCCGACCUGCAGGACAGGUACCCCGUAAUCCUCGUGGACCUCCAGGGAAUUUGGCAGGCCACGCUCUCGCAGCGGCGGGUAUGUCGAAACCGGAAAACAAACCAUCUAUCAAAGAAACCGAAUCUCGGCAGGGUCCCAUCGCAGGUAGACCCGCUCUGUCGCCUGCCAAUGGUAAAAUCACCCCUGCGCCUGCUCCUGCCCAGACAGAAAACCGAAAGCCGGACGCUGCAAUCAACGGCCGAGAGGUGGCGCGAGAGUCAGAGGCAAAGGAAGGUGUCAAUGGUGAAGAGGCUCGGGGCACGCCUGCCGACGGCGAGGAAAGGACGCAUUCGAGGAAGAAUUCCCUUUUCAUCAAAAAUCUGCCACAGCCUGUCAAGGAUGAGGAUAUACGCAAGUCGUUUGGCGCCCUUGCCGACAAGAUCACCCAUGUCAAGGUUCCCUAUGACCAUAUCAGGAAGAACACCAGAGACUUUGGCUACGUCGACUUUGCCACUGAAGAAGAUGCUAAGGCUGCUCUUGAAUCUCACACGGGGAUGGCUGCUUACAGAUUGCAGAAAAUCGGUGACAAGGAAGUCCAAGUCAGCAUUUCGAAUCCUCCCGCCCGACCGCCAUUCGAUCCGCGCAACUCUCGUGGUCGGGGUCGUGGGUCUUUCCGCGGAGUGAGCGGUAUGAGGGGAAGAGGCAUGGCUCAUGGGACUGCUGGGUCGAGGGAUAUGACUCCGAAGGAGGGUUCUGGAGAGAAGGCGAGCACGACGGGAGGUAAUGUUGCUUCUGGUGUAAAGAAGGAGGUGUCUAAUGGAGCGGUACGGAAAGAAACUCCUGCACCGACUGUCAAGGCAGAGUGA